CCGCCUGUGUCUUGUAUGCUUUUGGAGUUUGGAACGGACCGGCGCAGCGGAAAGUCUAGCGGAGCGGAACAACGCUGUGCGUUUCAACGGUUUCAAACGUAUAAUUUAUCGCAUUUACUCGGUUAAUAAGCGAAGAGGUAUUAGUCAAACCGUGUCCACAUCAUCGGGAAGCUAUUCUCAACGAAAUGGCGGAAGAACGUUUGGACAUUGUAAUAUUUGGAGCGACUGGUUUUACUGGAAAAUAUACCGUUUUACACGCAGCAAAGUUGGCUGCUGAGAAGCCGUUUUCAUGGGGGAUUGCUGGUAGACGCAAGGAGGCAUUGGAGGCAGUGCUCAAAGAAUUUGCACCUGAUCAAGAAAAUAUUCCCAUCAUCAUUGCUGAUGUGAACGAUGAGGAGUCGCUGAAAAAAAUGGCAGAACGCGCUAAAGUUAUUGUCAAUUGUUGCGGACCUUAUAGAUUUUACGGAGAGCCGGUUAUCAAGGCUUGUAUUGAGGCCAGAACGCAUCACGUUGAUGUCAGCGGUGAACCGCAGUUCAUAGAACGGAUGGCACUGGAGUAUGGAAAGCAGGCGAAAGAAGCAGGGGUUUACGUAGUUAGCGCCUGUGGAUUUGACAGCAUUCCCUGUGACUUGGGGAUUAUAUUUUUGCAAGAAAAAUUCAAUGGAGAAGUAAAUAGUGUCGAAACUUACCUUAACUCCUGGAAUACGAAGAACACUGGAGGUGCUUCGAUCCACUACGGAACAUGGGAAUCUGCCGUAUAUGGAUUGGCUCACGCUAAUGAACUCCGCGAGCUCAGAAGAAAACUUUAUCCCGAACCUUUACCUAAGUUGAAACCAAAACUUGAAUCCAAAGGCAGCAUUCAUAGAAGUGCUAUAUCUGAAGGCUGGUCAAUGAUAUUCCCAGGAUCUGAUCGAUCAGUGGCGCUGCGUACUCAACGCUUUUUGUACGAAAAAUACAAUCAAAGGCCAGCACAGAUCCAAACCUACAUGACAUUUAAGUCCUUCUUUACUUUACUCGCUACGGCUGUUAUUGGUGCAGUAUUUAGCCUAAUGACGAAAUUCGGAUGCGGACGAACGCUGCUUCUUAAGUAUCCAAAGUUGUUCUCUGGAGGAUUCGUCAGUCACGAGGGUCCCGCACCGGAAUCGAUGAACGACGCUCAUUUCUCUCUAACUUUUAAAGCUUGUGGCUGGACAGAAAAACUAGCUGAACCAACAGAUGAGCAUAAAGAGCCUCCAAAUAAGGAAAUGAUAACCAAAGUCUCAGGCGUUAAUCCUGGAUAUGGCGCAACCUGUAUUACUCUCUUAUUUGCUGCGCUGACUAUUCUAAGAGAGUCUGAUAAAAUGCCGGACAACGGCGGAGUUCUUUCACCAGGCGCAGCUUUUGGCAAGACCUCAAUUAUCGAGGAAUUGAAUAAACACGAUUUGAAAUUCGAAGUAGUAUCAUCCAUUGAAAAGUAAAGGUAAACAAACUAUGAAACUUGAUAUCUCCGAAUGUUUCGAUCGACCAUACAAUGCAUAAUAUGACAGCCCUAUUUGUAUUUUCUUGAAUUUUGACUGAUAUACGCGAGGUGAAGAGAUCUAAUUGAAUAAUAAUAAUAUUCUACUAUAUUUUAAUACAAAGUUUAUCGCACAAACAUGUACCGUUACAUAUAUAAUAUCGAAGUAAAUUAUAUAUUCCACUUUCAAGGCAUAGUAUAGUAUUAUAUAACGAUAAAUAACGGACAGCUUUCUACGAAUUCAAUACACUGCAAGUAAAAUUCAAGAUUCUCUAUAAUCCGUGAACAAUCGUUCCAUUGAUACGCAUCUGUUAUUCUUUUAUUUUAUUUUAUUAUACUAAUUAUAUUAUUAUUAAUCGUUAAUAUACCCAUGUGCAUUUAUAUGUAUUAAACAUGUUAACACUUGAUUUACAAUAUGAAUUAAGAAGAAAAGAAUAUAGUUAUCUUUGUACUUAUAGAUAUAUAUAUCUACAUCUUAAUAUUCUAACAGAAAAGUCUUAAUUUUGUGAUCAUUUCCGGGUAUAAAAAUAGAAACCAGAGGUGUUAUACCCAUAUACCUAAUAAACUCGUUACAUUAUUUUGUACAAUGUUCUAUGAAUAAAAGAAAAUGUUUGAUAA